AUGCUCGCUAACGCUAUAGCCGCCCUUCUUCUGGGCAGUGGCAUUGCCUCAGCGGCUGGCUAUGGCUCUCCGUUGACUUCGAAGGCUGGCCAGCGGGCUGUUAUUCCAGACUGGGAUCUCAAGUCCUCCUCCGACGUCAGCAAGGACCUUGAGACGCUGUCCAAGCCUGGUGUCGACACUUCGUCAUGGUAUCAUGCCGGCACCUCAAGGUGCACCAUCAUGGGGUGCCUCAUCAAUGCCGGAGUCUAUAACGACGAGGAGCUCUGGUACUCUGACAACCUCAAUCACGUCAAUUGGGGCCAGUUUUCCGUCCCCUGGGUCUACCGCCACGAGUUUGCGCUGUCUCCCGCCAAGGGCAAGCACUUCUUGCUGCAAACCAAUGGCAUUACAUCCAAGGCCGACCUUUUCUUCAACGGCAAGCAGAUUGCCGACAAAGAAUACCAAUCGGGUGCCUAUGCUGGCCGCACAUACGACAUCACCAGCCUAGCGGCCAAGGACAAUGCCCUGCUUGUGCAAGUCUAUCCAACAGACUACCUCUACGACUUUGCCAUCGGAUACGUCGACUGGAACCCCUAUCCAAGCGAUAACGGUUCCGGAAUCUGGCGUGAAAUCACUGUCAAAGAGACUGGCUCAGUCUCCAUGGGCCCAGUCAGCGUCCUUGUUGACAUUGAUGUUCCUGUCGAGAAGAGCUCUGCCAAGGUGACUGUCCGCGCCGAAGCCCAGAAUCUGGAGAGCCACGCCGUCGAGUUUGAGGCGGCAGCCGUCAUCACUGGCAACUCUUGCAACGAAAAGGUUCCCAAGCAGAAGAUUAAACUUGCCCCUGGCGAGAAGAAGCUUAUCCAAUUUACGCAAACAAUCAAGACACCCAGCAUUUGGUGGCCCAAGCAAUGGGGCGACCAGCCUUUGUACAACGCCGAGGUAACUUUUUCUGUGGAGGGAGCUGUUUCAGACACUGCUCAGACCAAGUUUGGUGUUCGAAAGGUCACCUCUGUUGUCAAUCAGUUCAACGACACACAGUAUAGCGUCAACGGCCACCCUUUCCAAGUCGUCGGCGGUGGCUACGGAGCCGACAUGUUCCUUCGAUGGGAUAGCGAGCGAUUCACCCGAAUCGUCGAAUAUAUGCUUGACAUGCACCAGAACACGAUCCGUCUCGAGGGAAAGAUGGAGCAGCCCGAGCUGUACGAGAUUUGCGACGAGUAUGGCCUGAUGGUGAUGCCCGGCUGGGAGUGCUGCGACAAGUGGGAGGCUUGGGCCUACAACGACGAACUCGCCAUCUUUCCUCCGCCGGUCUGGGAUGCAAACGACUAUGAGACCGCCAACUACAGCAUGAUUCAUGAGGCCGCGACGAUGCAACCGCAUCCCAGUGUACUGACCUUCCUUGUUGGAAGCGAUUUCUGGCCUAACGACGAGGCUACUAUCCUCUAUGCCGAUGCCCUGAAGAAUGCCGGCUGGCAGACGCCCAUAAUUACCUCUGCCGCCAAGCGCGGCUUCCCAGCUCUCCUUGGCCCUGGAGGCAUGAAGAUGGACGGUCCCUAUGACUGGGUGCCGCCCAACUACUGGUACGAUGUUGAACCUUCCGAAGACCGCUUGGGAGCUGCCUUUGGGUUUGGCUCUGAGCUGGGUGCUGGUGUUGGCACACCGGAGCUGAGCUCUUUGAAGAGGUUUCUCAACCAGAGCGACCUCGAUGAUCUGUGGACGAACCCUAACAAGAAUCUCUUCCAUAUGUCCACCAACGCUUCAUCGUUCUACAACCGCCAGAUCUACAACCAAGGCCUCUGGAAACGCUACGGUGCGCCGACAUCCCUGGAUGACUACCUGCUGAAAGCCCAGAUGAUGGACUACGAAGCAACGAGAGCUCAGUACGAGGGCUUCGGCGCUUUGUGGACGGCCAGCCGCCCUGCGACCGGUACUAUCUACUGGAUGGUCAACAACGCCUGGCCCAGCCUUCACUGGAACCAGUUUGACUACUAUCUUCACCCUGCCGGCUCUUACUUUGGCACCAAGGUCGGGUCCCGCAUUGAGCACGUCGCGUACAAUUACCAGAAGAAGGAGAUCUGGGUCAUCAACCACUCGCUCUACCAGACAGGCUCACGAAAGGUCGCCAUUGAGCUCAUCGACACGAACGGAAAGCAGAUUGCCAAGAAGUCGGUUCAAAUCAGCACCAAGGCCAACUCGGGCUUCAAGGCCGUCGACAUCUCGAGCGACAUCAACCAGCUGUCCAGCGUUGCCUUUUUGCGCCUUGUCCUCUCUGACGACAAGGGCAGUGUGCUGAGCCGCAACGUCUACUGGGUCACCAAGACAAUUGAUGAGCUCGACUGGGACAAUUCGACUUGGUAUUACACCCCAGUCACGAACUUUGUCGACUACACUCCUCUCAAUACAUUGGCUACUGCCCAGGUCUCUGUGACGACUGGCGCCGGCAAGCAUCUGCCUGGAGUUCCGGGAUUGCAGACUCGCACAGUCACGCUGGAGAAUAAGUCGUCAGUACCGGCAGUCUUUAUCCGCCUGACGCUGGUGGACAGCAAGGGUAACGAUGUAAACCCUGUCUCUUGGUCUGACAACUACGUCACUCUGUGGCCACAUGAGAAACUUCAGCUCGAGGUCGGUGGAUGGGAUGGAAUCGGUGACCAGAUUCAGGUCAGCGGCAAGAAUAUCAAGGCCAAAACUGUUAAGCUCUAG